AUGGGGUUUAGAAGUUCUCUGCGAUGGGCGCUUUUCACGUUCUUUUGCAACUUUUUCACGCACGGCUUUCCUCCACCACCUUCUUAUGAUCCUCUCCACACCGGAGUGGUGCACAGACACAGAAACAGGAACUGGUGUGCCUAUGUGGUGCAGAAGAACGUCAGCUGCGCUGUGCAAGGUAGCAUGGAGAGCUUCCAGGAGCCCGUGGUGGCCCCCUGCCCGCCUUACAUGGCCAACUGCCCCCAUCAAGUGACAUACAAAACCCGGUUCCGGCCCACAUACAAAAUUGCCUACAAGAAAGUCACAGAGUUGGAAUGGCGAUGUUGUCCUGGCUACCAAGGGCCCAGCUGUAGAGAUUUAAAACCCACUCCAGAGCAUCAGAUUGUGCAAGAGGCCCAGGCCUAUGGGCCAUCAAGUACUGGAUAUUCCAACAGACCCAUACAGAGGCCAGAGCGCAGAGAGACGGGCCACCAUGAGACAAAUGACAAGGUGCACCUUUUGGAAGGUGAAGUUCGGCGGCUCUCCCAGACAGUCCUGGACCUGCAGUCCGCUCUGAAAGGUUUAACGGCCAGCCUCCGUGCAGACCUGCAAGAGGACACCAAGAACAUGUUGGUGACCCUCUUCAACAAAAUGCAGCCUCCAGACAGUGCAAUGGUCCCAGGCCCAGAGGACAGUCCCGCAGUCCUUGACGGCCACCAAGCAUCCAGAGGCGGGAUCGCCGGAGACAAGGUCCUGGAAAAAAUUGAAGGCCGCUUGGACGAUAUCAAUGAUUCGCUCAAAACCAAGGAAGAGAUGCUUGAAGACCUCCGAGGAACGAUAUCAAGUCACGAGGGGCAGAUUCGUGUCCUGAUGGAUGCCUCACAAUCCCAGACUCCGGUAAUGAUGGAGCUUGACGUUGUGCAGAGUUACAUUGACGGAAAAGUCGGAAAGUUGAAGCUUGAACUGGACCAAACUAUGAAAGAACAGUUGGACAAGAUACAAAUAGCAUGCACCAGCAAGAUUCAGACCUUGCAGAAAACCUGUGAGGAUAGUCACGACAAAGGUUUGGAAAGCAUGACCAAACUGGUGGAGCAAAAGGAGGCUGACUUGAAGAAAGAGAUCAGGGCUCUUCGGAUGGAUAUGACAGCUGCAGAUGGGCCGUCACGAACUCAGCGGCAGACGGACCCGAUUAAGAAGCAGGAGGAACAAAAUGACCAUAAAGAUUUGUGGAUCGAGAUUGACCGAAUUCAGGAAGCUUACCGCAUCCUGAACGCUCGUAUUGACAACGAGCUGGUACACGUCUCUGAGCUUCGGGAGGCCAGUGACGCCUUAACUCCGCUGGUUGAAGAACUAGACGCUCGGUUAAAUAUCUCUGAACAAAAUGCAGAGACUCACUGCUUUUACAUAGAGGAGAAACUGACACGGAUCAUCACAGAAGAAGUGGCAUCAGUAAGGCAAGUUCUGGACGAGCGUCUGAACAGCAUGGAGGACCAGUUCACAGACUUGCUGGUGGAGAUAAACAACAACACCUUCCCGGGGAUGUACGGAGACUCCAUGGAGACUGUGCAGGUGCAAGUCAAUAACAACAAGUUCCUUCUGCAGGGUUUGGACGAUAAGAUCAAUGCUAUUGGAGAAUUGUGCGCCGGAGGGUGCCAGGGCUCAGAAGCUAGUAUCGUUGAGGGAAGUUCUUCGCCAUCACCAAAGGGGAUGGAAAUCUUUUGGAAGGACCUGCGUCGCUAUAAGAACGACUUGGACACCCUUCGCACCGACAUUGGCGCAAAUACAGACAAGCUCCAGCACCUGCUGGAGAGCAUGGAAAGGGAAUCAGCCGGGAAUGAGAGACGCUCCAAGACCAUGGACGACUUCCAGAAAGGGCUGAGUAGCGUUCAAGAUAAUGUUUCGGGCCUGGCCGGUGCCGUCACCGGACUGAGUGAUUCGUUGAGCAAGUACAAUCAGGAUAUGAUCAAGAUAAACUCGACAUGUUGCCAGGCAGACAAACACAGCCUAGGGGGACAAGAUGCCUCUGGCCGCCAAAUAGAAGAGCUGAGGAACCGAUUGGACGUACUUGGAAAGCAGAUUUCUGCUGACCCUGGUCAGUAUCAGCACGCGGAAGGACAAGUAACCGCACUCCGGAAGGCAUUCAUUCGGUUAGAAGGCAUUAACGCUGAAAUCGAAGAACUGAAGGUUGGCAUGGGGAGGACGAACGCCACUUGCGAACGCCACAGCUCCGACAUCGCUGAAGUGCAUAAUUCCUUGCGGCGAUUCCAGGCCCAGCUGUCAGCCAUGGCCAGGCAAGUCUCCAAAGACGUUGCCGCGAAGGAUCCAGGAGUGCUCCUCAAACCCGAACCUCCGGCGUCCCAGCCAGACCCGGGCAGAGGCCGAGUUCAUCAAAUCCACAUCCCUCUCAUCAUCCCCCCACCGAGGCAGCCCAAUACGCACGUCGUGAGGACGGCACCCCACAGCCAGCCAUCCGCCCCCCGGUGGCCUGGAAGCCACGUCGUCCCCGCGGUGCCCGGCAACCCUGUAGGGGAGACAGGCGAGGCGGGACCCCCCGGGUACACCCGUAGAGUGACAGUAAGGAGGGGCUCCGAGGACGGGGCCGGCCAACCCCUCACCGGGUUUGCAGGAGCACCAGGCUAUCCUCCAGUGCAGCCAGUUUCAGUCAAGCCUGAGUGGAUCAGCCCCAGAGGUACUCCAGAAGAGCGCAUGAUGCCAGCCGAUCCGUUCUCCUUUUCGGCCGGACUCACUCUCCAACCGUUCUCUGGAGAGUUUGGCAUGAUUCGCUUCGACAAGGUUUUGCUUAACGACGGCGGCCACUACAGUCCCCGCACAGGGCUUUUUACAGUUCCGCAAGAUGGCCGCUACCUUCUCUCUGGCCUUCUGACGGCGCAACGCGGUGAUCCAUUGGAAGCGGUCCUUUCCGUGUCCCAGCGCAGCAUCCAGAGGAUGCGCAGCUCGGCGACGUCCACUCGAGACACGUGCGGCUGCGGCAACUCAGUGUCCUUCGCUCUUGUCGUACCUCUAAAGCGAGGAGAUCGCGUGGGCCUACUUCGGACGGCAGGCCGAUUGGCGACUACCGAGGCCCGAGAGGUGCUUUCCACCUUUAGCGCCCUCUUCUUGUACGGACCCUCAACACACCGUCGAUAG